AUGUACAAAGAUCGAGGAGGGUUUGGUGGUGGGUCAUCACGAUCGGAGAUUGUAGGGGGACAGCUUGAUCGAAAGCGUAUUAAUGAUGCGCUAGACAAGCAUCUAGAGAAGUCCUCUCCUUCAACUUCAAGAGGAUUGAAUAAUAGUAGUAAGGAUAAAGAGAGAUUGUCUGUUCCUUCUACUUCUACUGGUAAAUCAUCACAACACCAUCAGCAUCAGCAACAACUUGAUCAUCAUCGUGCUGAUUCUUGCUCGGCCUCGCUUUCCAAAAACAAAUGCUCUGAUGAGGAAUCUGAGACAGACAGUGAGGAGUCAGAUGUAAGUGGUUCUGAUGGAGAUGACACAUCUUGGAUCUCAUGGUUUUGCAACUUGCGAGGAAAUGAAUUCUUCUGUGAAGUUGAUGAUGAGUACAUUCAGGAUGAUUUUAACCUUUGUGGACUGAGCAGUCAAGUUCCAUACUAUGAUUAUGCACUUGAUCUUAUAUUGGAUGUUGAAUCCUCUCAUGGCGAUAUGUUCACUGAAGAACAGAAUGAGUUGGUGGAAUCCGCAGCGGAGAUGCUCUAUGGUCUUAUUCACGUGCGUUACAUACUUACUAGCAAGGGGAUGUCUGCAAUGUUGGAGAAGUACAAAAACUAUGACUUUGGAAGAUGCCCACGAGUUUAUUGCUGUGGACAGCCCUGCCUCCCAGUUGGUCAAUCAGACAUUCCUCGUUCAAGUACUGUCAAAAUCUACUGUCCAAAAUGUGAAGACAUCUAUUACCCUCGAUCCAAGUAUCAAGGCAACAUUGAUGGAGCUUAUUUUGGAACUACAUUUCCUCACCUAUUUUUGAUGACAUAUGGGCACCUAAAGCCACAGAAGGCAAUACAGAGCUAUGUCCCAAGGGUUUUUGGCUUCAAACUCCACAAACCUUGA